AUGUCUUCCGCCUCCUCCUCCCAGCAGGCUCCUCCUCCUCCUCCCCCAGAGCCGCAGACGCUCCCUCCCCCUCCCGCGCAGCCACCCGUCGCGAUGCCGCCCUUUGGCCAGAUGCCUUUGCCGCAGGGCUUCCAGCCGUACGUGUACGCCGCGACCAACGCAGUGUCGUAUGUGCCGCAGCAGGCCUUUGAGACGCCGAAGCCGAAGCCGAACAAGGCCUGGGAGAUUAUCAAGAUGGCGCUCCAUAUUUUGUCCGCUGCUCUCGGGGCGGCGGGAGUGGGAUUGGGCUUUAGCAGUCUCAACUUUACGUAUUUCACUUACACCGUCGUCAUAGCCACCGCUCCUCCUUGCAUCAUCGCUCUCGUCUGGAGCAUCUCAGAACUCAUCACCCGCGUAGCCCGCAAACUCAAAAGCGGUAUCCAUCCCGCCGCCCACAUCGCCCUCUGCCUCAUCAUCUUCCUCGUCGCAACGAUCCUCACCUCCCUCUUCGGCCCCUGGUUCCAGAGCUCAUGGGGCAGCUACGACGACCCCAGCUCCAGCUCCCAGAGCUGCGGCUACCGCUACAACGCCACGCUCGACACAAUGGUCUACUCGUGCACCGGCGAUAGCAGCGACGAUGAGGCUGCGCAGCGCGUGUUUGACCAUGAGAGGAGCGUUUCGAUUGCUGCGGCGGUUGUCACGUAUCUUAUUGCUGCAAUCAAUUUCGCGCUGUUUGUGGGCGCUUGUGUGGAUACGUCGAGGGCGAAUACUGUUGCGUCGCGACCUAUCUAUGUUAUUGCGCAGCCGCAGAUGAUGCAGGGAUGGCAGCCGAUUCCACAGGUUCCUAUCCAGUAUCCGCCUGCUGUUCAGCAGCCUCCAGCUCGGGAUGUGGCCCCUACAGAGAGCGAGAGCGAGAGCGAGAGCCAAAACAAGAGCAAGAACAAGGGCAAGGGCAAGGAGCCUGCGCUGAAUGAUAUCGUGGAGCAGAAUGAACCCAGCGGUUCGCAAGCAUGA